AUGGCUACCAGGUUUUUAUUAGCAUUCGCAAUCUGUCGAUUAAUCGUGACUGUUGGAUUAACCUUGGAUCCGACGGAGCUUCUACGCCUUGAAGUCGAGGGUUUUCUGAGCGUAGAGCCAGCCGACCUGGGGGCGGCUUCCCGGGACUUUGGUGGCAUGAAAAACGCAGAGCCUUUAGCUGUUCUGCAUCCGGCUUCGGCUGAGGACGUUGCCCGGCUAGUAAAAGCUGCUUAUGAAUCCGGUCAGGGGUUCACAGUCUCGGCCAGGGGACAUGGACAUUCAAUAAAAGGGCAGGCCAUGAUCACACACGGGGUUGUGGUUCAAAUGAGUGGCUCCAAGAAGGUGGCUCCACCGAGAGUUUCUGAGAAAUUCAUGUACGUGGAUGUGUGGGGUGGGGAGUUAUGGAUAGAUGUAUUGAGUUCCACCUUAAAGUAUGGACUUGCACCAAAAUCUUGGACAGAUUACUUGUACCUUUCCGUGGGAGGUACUCUCUCCAAUGCAGGAAUUAGUGGCCAAGCUUUUAAUCAUGGCCCUCAAAUCAGCAAUAUAUAUGAACUCGACGUUGUUACAGGGAAGGGUGAGCUAUUGACGUGUACAGAGAAAAAAAAUUCAGACCUGUACCAUGGUGUUCUUGGUGGUCUAGGGCAAUUUGGCAUCAUCACAAGAGCAAGAAUUGCACUUGAAAAUGCCCCCCACAGGGUGAGAUGGAUUCGAGUGUUGUACUCCAAUUUUUCGGUCUUCACGCAGGACCAAGAGUAUCUAAUAUCUUUGCACGGACAAGCAGCCACGCAAAAGUUUGACUAUGUCGAAGGUUUUGUUAUUGUUGAUGAAGGCCUUAUCAAUAAUUGGAGGUCCUCUUUUUUCUCCCCACGCAACCCAGUCAAGAUUUCUUCUCUUAAUGCUGAUGGAGGUGUCUUGUAUUGCUUGGAAAUUACCAAGAAUUAUCAAGAAUCCAAUGCCAAUACCAUAGAUCAGGAAGUAGGGGUAUUAUUGAAGAAAUUGAAUUUUAUACCGGCUUCGGAGUUUACGACUGAUCUUCCUUAUGUGGAUUUCUUGGACCGGGUUCACAAGGCCGAGUUGAAGCUGCGGGCCAAGAAUUUGUGGGAUGUGCCUCACCCAUGGUUGAACCUGUUUGUACCUAAAUCAAGAAUUGCUGACUUCGAUAAAGGAGUGUUCAAGGGCAUUUUGGGGGAUAAGACCAGCGGUCCAAUUCUAAUCUACCCUAUGAAUAAAAACAAGUGGGGUGUGAAGAAUUCAGUAGUGACACCAGAUGAAGAUAUAUUUUACUUGGUAGCAUUUCUAAGAUCUGCACUGGACAACGGGGACGAGACACAGACACUCAAUUAUUUGACGAAUCAAAAUAAUCGAAUCCUAAAAUUCUGCAGCGAUGCUGGGAUCAAAGCAAAACAAUACCUACCUCAUUACACGACACAGCAACAAUGGAUGGACCAUUUUGGGGAUAAAUGGACCGUUUUUUCCAAAAGAAAAUUGGAAUUCGACCCCAAGCAUAUUUUAGCCACUGGCCAACGCAUUUUUAAACCUUUCUUCAAUCCUAGUGCACCAUUGUUAUGA